AUGAAGCUCUCUGCAACCCUUACUCUCGCUGCUGCGGGCUCGCUCGCCGCUGCCCAGGGUGGACACCGCCGUGUCCACCGUCAUCAGCACAAGCGUGAUGUCGCCACUACCGUCGUCGACGAGGUCGUCACCGUUUACCAGCUUGAUGGUACUCCUGUCCCAAUCGCCGACGUUUGCAAGGGUAUCAAGGAUGGUGACUACAAAUGGGCCGCUGGUCAGGGUCCCUCCGAUGCCUGCGAAUCCAAGACUAGUGCCACGGUGAAGCCUCACGAAUUCCUCGAGACUCCCACUUCUACCGCAGUCCCGACCACGUCGACAACCUCAACCUCGACUGCCGUUCCCACCACUUCCUCGACUCCUCCUCCUCCUCCUACCACCACGAGCACUAGCACCACGAGCACCAGCACCAGUACCAGCACUACCACUACCUCUACUAGUACUUCUUCUCCUGCGCCUUCCCCCACUGCAACGUCUACUUCAAGCUCCAGCGGUGGCACUGGUGUUACUGCUUCUUUCCCCGACGGAGAGCUUUCUUGUGAUACCUUCCCAUCGGAUUACGGUGCUAUCGCUCUUGACUACUUCAACAUCGGAGGAUGGAGUGGUAUUCAGUACCCAACUCUGAACACCCUCGGAACUCUGGUGGAGUCGAUUGUCACUGCUGUCAGUGGACAAAGCUGCACCGAAGGCGCCAUGUGCUCUUACCAGUGCCCACCUGGUUACUUGAAGUCUCAGUGGCCGUCUACCCAGGGUGCCACUGGCCAGUCCGUCGGUGGUGUCACUUGCAAGGGUGGCAAGCUGCACCGUACCAACACUGACCACGAGACCCUCUGUGUCGCUGGUGUUGAGGGUGUCACUGUUGAGAACCAGUUGGGUCAGGUUGUUUCCGUCUGCCGUACCGACUAUCCCGGUACCGAGAGUGAAACCCUUCCUCUUGAACUGGCCUCGGGCGCGAGCGAACAGCUCGCCAACCCCGACCAAUCUUCCUACUUCUACUGGGAGGGCAAGCCUACAACUGCUCAAUACUACAUUAACCCUGCUGGAUACCAGGCAGAUCAGGCAUGCACCUGGGGUACCUCAGCCAAACCUAUCGGUAACUUCGCCCCGAUGAACAUGGGUGUUGGUUACUCGGACGGGGUUACCUACCUCUCGAUCUUCCCCAAUGCGCCCACCACCGACGCGAAAUUGAAGUACAAUGUCAAGUUCGAGGGAGACGUCAGCCCAUCUUGCUAUUACGACGCUAGCUCCGCGACUUACUACAAGGACGGUGUUCCCAACACUAGUGAGGGCUGCACGGUGGGAGUUCCUGAGGGUGGCAGUGCCAAGGUCAUCUUCCACUAG